AUGGUUCAUCAUGUGGAAUUCAUGGAUGUAGCAGACUCUGAUUUUCUUGGUCAUAACAGAGAACUUGAUGACGAUGACUCAGAAUUCGAGACUGUGUUUGAGAAAUAUUUUGUAUUCUCUGCUGCCAAGAACCGCAUCUUUGCCCCGAAAUUGCCUCUUCAUGUUGUCCUAGGUUCUGGAAUUGUUGCUGAUAUUAUACUGUGGAGAAAUAAGAGGAUCACAGCAAGUAUUCUAGCUGGUGUAACUGUCAUAUGGUUCGUUUUUAAGAGGAUGGAAUACACCUUGCUUAGUUUCAUUUGUGACUCUCUCAUAAUCCUAUUGGCAAUCUUAUUCCUUUGGACUCAUCUAACUUCCUUCAUUGACAUAUCUCCACCUAAAUUAUCAGCACUCACUUUACCAGAAGGGUCUCUUGUUAAUACAGCUAUUUCAAUGACAAGAAAACUUAACAGACAACUCGUAACAUUUGGACUCCUAGCUUCGGGACGAGAUUUCAAGAAGUUUCUUUGGGUUACAUGGACAUUAGGAGUUGUUUCCAUUCUAGGCAAUUUGUUCGCUGCUUCAACAAUCUUCUACAUAGCAACUGUGACAUUGAUGACACUGCCAGCAAUUUAUGAAAGAAAUCAAGAAAUUAUAGAUAUCAUUUCUGAGAAGGCGCUGAUUGAAUUAAAUAAUCGAUACGCAGAGUUGACGAAGAAGAUUUUUGGGAAGUCCCAACACUUGCAAGAUUUCCAUCUAGAAUAG